UUUCCUUUCUUUUCGUCCUGUGACUCAGAUCAAAAUGGCAGCACUAGGCAGAAAUUUAAGUGGAAAGGUUGCUCUUAUUACGGGUGCUAGCAGUGGUAUUGGAGCUGCUACUGCUGUAUUAUUUUCAAAACUUGGCGCUUCAUUAGCUUUGACUGGUCGUAAAGAAGAAAACUUGGCCAAAGUAGGGGAACAAUGUGCUAGCAAUUCCACAGAGAAGCCACUGCUGCUUGUUGGAGAUAUAUGUGAUGAUUCUGAUGUAACUAGAAUUGUUGAAGACACUAUUAAGCACUUUGGCAAACUUCACAUUUUAGUAAACAAUGCUGGAGUUCUGGAGACUGGAAGUAUUGAAAAUACUUCAAUGGCACAAUUUGAUCGUGUGUUCAACAUUAAUGUUAGGGCCAUGUACCAGCUUACAAUGCUAUGCACUCCACAUUUAGUGGCUACCAGAGGAAGCAUUGUUAAUGUUUCCAGUGUUAACGGCAUUCGCUCAUUUCCAGGUGUGUUGUCUUAUAAUAUGUCCAAGGCAGCAGUGGAUCAGUUCACCAGAUGUGUAGCUCUAGAAUUAGCUCCAAAACAAGUCAGAUGUAAUAGUGUAAAUCCUGGUGUCAUAGUGACAGGUCUUCAGAAACGUGGCGGCUUAGAUGAUGAAGCUUAUGCAGCAUUUCUAGAAAGGAGUAAAACAACACACGCACUUGGCAGACCUGGAGAACCUGAUGAGGUAGCUAAAACAAUUGCUUUCCUGGCCUCAGACGAUGCAUCUUUUAUCACUGGCGCUAACCUUCCAGUAGAUGGUGGGCGACACGCUAUGUGUCCCAGAUAGAAACAAAAAUGUGUUUAAUUUCAACUUAAUUAAUUUGUUUAAUCAUUUAUCCAGACAAUUUAUUUUAUAGCAUUUUCUUGCUUAAAAAAAAAAGAAUUUUUCGUUUACUGUCCUGAUGAAGUGAUGUAUGUAUUGAUUUUAUAGUUAGUGUGAAAAUUUGGUUUCUGACAUUUGCUGUUAGUUAAAAGUUACUUAGGUAUGAUUUGUUUUCAUGAUUUGUAUUCUCUUUCCUUAAAAAGACUUUGGAAACGUUGUUGAAAGUUCUGUUGAUGUUAUACAUAUGUGAACAGAUUCAUUGUUUAAACAACUCUUAGUGUAACAGUAUUGCCAGAAUGCAUUUAUUGUUGUGGAUGUUUACUUGCAUUGUUAAUAGUUGUUUAGACAGAAACAAACUUAUUACAAUGAAGUUUAAUGAAUAAUUA